CAACCACGAUACCCUUUUCGGAAAGCGUCGCCCGACGUCGGGAGGACAUGAGGCGCGGUGCUUGUGCGCGCCUUAUCCGACGAGCUCCGGCGACGAUGAAGUGCUCCUGGCCGCUGGCCAUGGACAUGAUUCCCACCAGCUCCGCCUCAACCCUCAGCUCUGCCCUGCACAAUUGUAUCUUGCGUGGUUUCGAGGAGCCUCUGCAGCUCUGCAGCAUCAUGGCGACCUCAUGCGGACCCGCCUUCACAGGCACAACGAAAGUGGACUCUCGGCUAGUGAGUUUCUUCGUCGCCCGAACCACAGGGUUUUCGUCAUCGUCAUGUGGAGUACACAAUGGCGCUUUCAAAGCUGUGGAGAUGCGGGGCGUCUCAACGCCGCUGCGCAAGGCCCUGCAAGUCUUUGCUAUGGCCUCACCCAAGCCCGGGAAAGCCAAGAAAGUGGUUGGGCUUGUGAAGCUGGCAUUAGAGGCUGGAAAGGCUACCCCUGCGCCACCUGUAGGUCCAGCUCUCGGGUCGAAAGGAGUCAACAUUAUGGCUUUUUGCAAGGAGUACAAUGCAAAGACCGCAGACAAGCCUGGUUAUAUUAUUCCCGUUGAUAUCACAGUUUAUGAUGACAGAAGUUUCACGUUCAUUUUGAAGACACCCCCAGCAUCAGUUCUACUAUUGAAAGCAGCUGGCGCGGAGAAGGGAUCAACCGACCCCCAAAAAGUGAAGGUUGGCAAGGUCACCCAGGACCAGCUCAAGACGAUCGCACAAGAGAAGUUGCCAGAUUUGAACUGUACAACAAUCGAGUCUGCCAUGAGGAUUGUUGCCGGAACAGCUGCUAACAUGGGAAUUGACGUUGACCCACCUCUGCUAAUGAAGAAGCAGAAGGUUUUGUUCUAGAUAGUUAGUGUAGGAAGUUAGCCAUUCCUUUCGAUCAGAAUUUUUUGAAUUUGUACAAUGAGUUAUCGAAGGUGUCCGAUGCAGAGUCACCAAAGAGGUUAAUUUACUUAAGGUUCUGUCCAGCCAUCUAGUCUGUACCCACACCUCUUGCCUCUGUUUGGGUUUGCAGACUAGCCCAUGAUUCUAUGCCCUUCCUUGUUUUACUCUUGCUAUGUCUGCUGGAGUUGGUUCUGUUAUGUGGAGCUCCUGCCGAUCUAUGUAACUCUUGAUCCGACGAAAUCAACGUUUUACGUAUUGGAAAUUAAAGGUUAUUCUUUCA